AUGGCCCCUUCAAGCCAGCAAAAAGUCAGGCAGUCUACGGCCCCUCCAAGCCAGCAAAAAGUCAGGCAGUCUAUGGCCCCUUCAAGCCAGCAAAAAGUCAGGCAGUCUAUGGCCCCUUCAAGCCAGCAAAAAGUCAGCCAGUCUAUGGCCCCUUCAAGCCAGCAAAAAGUCAGCCAGUCUAUGGCCCCUUCAAACAUGAAAAAUUCAGGCAGUCUACCGCCCCUCCAAGCCAGCAAAAAGUCAGGCAGUCUACGGCUCCUUCAAGCCAGCAAAAAGUCAGGCAGUCUACAGCCCCUUCAAGCCAGCAAAAAGUCAGGUAGUCUACGGCUCCUUCAAGCCAGCAAAAAGUCAGGCAGUCUACCGCCCCUCCAAGCCAGCAAAAAGUCAGGCAGUCUACAGCCCCUUCAAGCCAGCAAGAAGUCAGGCAGUCUACGGCCCCUUCAAGCCAGCAAGAAGUCAGGCAGUCUACGGCCCCUUCAAGCCAGCAAAAAGUCAAGCAGCCUAUGGCCCCUUCAAGCCAGUACAAAGUUGGGUGGCCAAUGGCCCAAAAAUCAUAAACAGCACUUGCUUUUGUAA